AUGUCUGUGCUAUCCACAGUUCGGAGUAAUGCGCGGCAAACGAAAUUGAAAUGGCCCGAUACUGCCAUGGCUUUAAGGCCGUUGCCGUUGCCGUGGUUGCAGUCUACUUUGCCAAACCGAUUCGCCAAAGGUGGGUCAAUUAGGCUGAUUAUGGCUGAAAAUAGCGCAGUCGAAUAUGGAUGUGCCAAAUCCGUUGGCAGCAGGGCAGGCUCGAUGCGGCAGCUGCUCAACACAUAUUGCCCAUCACUAGUGGACAAGCGUCUAGCGCGCAUGGUUCCAACGCCGUUUCUCUACACGUGCAUGAUGCAGUCCUUGUUCAGCAACAUCAAGUACAAUCGCGAGCUCUUUGUGUUGAGCGAUGGCGGCACCGUGUCACUGGACUGGUACCCGGGGCCAGAUUCAUUCGGUGGCAGAUCAACACCGAUUGUUGUCGCCAUGACGGGCAUUGCAGGUGGCUCCAAAGAAUACCAUGUUCGCUGUGUUGCAAAGCGCGUCGCCUGUGACAGAGCCACGCCUUGUCGGUUUGUGUGCAUGAACUUCCGUGGGUGCGCGCGCACCCUGCUCACUAACCGGCGACAGAACGACGCAGUGAAUACCAGCGACUAUCGUGAGGUUGUGAAUUCGAUCUGCGAGCGGUUCCCAGAAGCGCCGGUCUUUGGAGUUGGCUUCUCACUGGGUGCCAGCCUGCUCACAAAGUAUCUUGGCGAGGAGGGCGACACAUGCAAGCUCACUGCCGCCAUCGCCAUCAGCUGCCCGUUCGAUCUGACGGUGGUCAGACGCAUGUUCAACGCAAAAACCAUUCUCAAUACCUACCUGUUCAAGCCACUCAUCCGCCGGGCGCUGCUUCGCCAGUUUGAGAGAAACAAGGACGUCAUUCUGUCAGGCGAUCAAGGAUUCGAUGCAGACACCAUCAGGAACUGCCAGUCCAUGGCCGACGUCGAGCGCAUAUUCAUCCUCAAGGACGCUGGGUUCAAAACCAGCGACGAGUACUAUAAUGCAGCCUGCA